CGCAGCCGGGACUCCCAGAGCCGACCCGCCCUCCCGAACCCACGCGCCAAGGGCGGGGCCGCCGGGUUGCCAGGCAACGGGCGCGCGCGCCCCGCCCGAACCCGGUCGCCCAGGUCCGAGGGCUGAGGCCGCUUCCCCGAGCACCUCCCCGGGCUCCGCCCCGCGGAAGUGCUGGCCGACAUCCUCGAGCGCUGAUUGGCCGUGUCGCGGCGAGGGCGGGGCCCGCGACGGGCGCUGACAUCCGGCAUGAAGCCAGUGACUUCCCUUGUCGAGUGGCCAAACUUCCUAAGAACAAAAACCGCAACAGGUACAGAGAUGUCAGCCCUUUUGACCACAGUCGGAUUAAGCUGCAUCAGGAAGAUAAUGACUAUAUCAAUGCUAGCCUGAUAAAAAUGGAAGAAGCUCAAAGGAGUUACAUCCUUACUCAGGGCCCCCUGCCCAACACAUGCGGGCACUUCUGGGAGAUGGUGUGGGAGCAGAAGAGCCGGGGCGUGGUCAUGCUCAACCGCGUGAUGGAGAAAGGCUCGUUAAAGUGUGCACAGUACUGGCCACAAAGAGAAGAGAAAGAAAUGGUGUUUGAUGACACAAAUUUGAAGUUGACCUUGAUCUCUGAAGACAUCAAGUCCUACUACACAGUACGACAGCUAGAAUUGGAAAACCUUACGACUCAGGAAACACGAGAGAUCUUACAUUUCCACUAUACCACAUGGCCUGACUUUGGAGUCCCCGAAUCACCAGCCUCCUUCUUGAACUUUCUUUUCAAAGUCCGAGAGUCGGGCUCGCUCAACCCGGAGCAUGGCCCCGUGGUGGUGCACUGCAGCGCCGGCAUCGGCAGGUCGGGGACCUUCUGCCUGGCCGACACCUGCCUCUUGCUGAUGGACAAAAGGAAAGACCCCUCGUCUGUGGACAUCAAGAAGGUGCUGCUGGAGAUGAGAAAGUUCCGGAUGGGGCUGAUCCAGACAGCUGAUCAGCUGCGCUUCUCCUACCUGGCCGUCAUCGAAGGGGCCAAGUUCAUCCUGGGAGAUGCUUCGGUGCAGCAUCAGUGGAAGGAGCUCUCCCACGAGGACCUUGAGCCCCCGCCAGAGCACACACCACCCCCUCCCCGGCCCCCCAAGCGGAUCCUGGAGCCUCACAACGGCAAGUGCAAGGAGUUCUUCCCCAACCACCAGUGGGUGAAGGAUGCGGCCGAAGAGAGCACUGACUGCCCCACCAAGGAGGACAGCAGAGCCUCCCUGAGCACCCCCUACAGCUUGGAAAGCAUGAGUCAAGACACUGAAGUUAGAAGGCGAGUCGUGGGGAGCAGUAUGCGAGGCCCCCAGGCUGUAUCCCCCGCCCUGGAGGAGCCGUCGCCAUCCACGGAGGAAGAGGGCUCCCAAGCACUGACUCCCUGGAAGCCCUUCUUGGUCAACAUGUGCAUGGCCACGGUCCUCACGGCUGGCGCCUACCUCUGCUACAGGGUGUGCUUCCACUGACGGCUCGCUGUGGGACGCGCACAGGCGAGCGUGGCCGCCGCCGGCCCCGCAGCAGGAUUGGGUUCUGCGGAGCCCUGGAGCCCGCCUGGGAAGCAGCACCCAGAGCCGGCUGUCUGGACCACGGCAGGGUGGAUGCACUGGGUGGCAAGGAGCCCUCUGGUCCCAGGAACAUAAGUCUAUCUCAGGGCCUUCAACUAUUCAGGAGUAAGUAGAGAAAUGCCAAAUACGUCG